CAGAGAGGAAGAGGAAGGGGAGGAGAUCUGUACUGGUUUCUGUUUGGAUCAAUUUAGGCCUAACAGAGAUUGCAUGAAGAAAUGGUUGCACAAGGAUAUACGUAGAGAAAGACACCUUGAUCUCAUCAAUGUAAACUGCAUAUUCCACUGAGGCUUUCAUAAAAAAAACAGAGCUUUUCCUUUCCCUGAAUUAAAUCUACUUUACGUUUUUCAAGAAGGCCAAGAGACCUCUUCGCUACAUAAGAACGUCAUCCCAGACAAAACCAUUCUAUGCCAGCUAAAAUAUUUACAACAGAAGUCUACAAACAUUUUACUAAAUCCUACUUUAAUCAUUGUGUUAUCUGCUAAAUUCAUAUUUAGAAUUAGAAACAUUGUGACCCCCUAUUUAAGAACUUUCCAAAAUCUGUGAUCUUAGCAUUUGAAGUCAGCAACUUGUUGCAGUUAACAGAUUAAAAAAUGGCUUCAGCCACAGAUCUCUUGCGUUUCCAGCUCCCUGGUCAUGAGGCAGCUACUCUCCGCAGCAUGAACCAGCUACGUUCAGAAGAAAGGUUCUGCGAUGUGACAGUUCUUUCUGAUGGUCUAAAGUUCAGAGGACACCGUGUGGUUCUGGCCGCCUGCUCCCCAUUUCUGAGAGACCAAUUUCUGCUGAACCCAAGUUCUGAGCUGCAGGUUUCCCUUAUGCAUGGUCCUAAAGUGGUUACAGACCUUCUUCUUUCCUGCUACACAGGUCUUCUGGAGUUCUCCAUAAGGGAUAUUGUAAACUAUCUUACCGCUGCCAGCUACCUGCAAAUGGAACACGUUGUGGAGAAGUGUCGUCAAGCUCUUUCUCAGUUUAUUGAACCUAAAAUUGGAUUGAGGGACUUAAACAAAGUUAUGGGGUCCCGUGGUUCUCCGACAUCAACAAGUCUACGCCAGAUGCGCCCAUCUGAGAGCUGGAGGUCACUCAAAUCUGAGCCAAAAGCAGAGGAGGAAAGUGAAGAGGAAAUGCUGAUGAUGGCAGAGGAGGAGGAAGAUGACGAUGAUGACGAGGAAGAAGAAGGAACAUCUUCAGAUGUUUGUAUAGUGAAAGUGGAGACUGGUAUGAGUGGAGGGGUAGUAAAGAAUGGGUGCUCAUGGGGUAAAGGAGGAGAGGAAAAAAGCUCUAUGGCACAGCCCGAAGAGGCUUUGGUGAACUCUACUGUGGAAGGAGGAGAAAUUAACGAGGGGGGCAUACAACAUGGAGGGGUCAUGAAAGCCAUCUACAGUGAAGAAGUUGAGGGUGGUGAGGGAGUACUGAUCAUCCCUAGCAGUUAUCAUGAAGAAGAAGAUGAAGAAGUUUUGGAUGGAGGAAAUAGAUGCCAGAGCACUAUGACGGUUAGUGGAAUGUCAAGAAACAUUAUUUCUGGAAUCGGAGGAAUCGGAGCAACAGAAGCAGCAAUGCUUAUCGGAGAUGGGCGUUCAGGAAAUAGAAAAUCUGUAAGAUGCAGUAAGUGUGAGGAGGUCUUUCAAGGGGUGGAAAAAUUGGUCUUCCACAUGCGGGCACAGCAUUUUGUCUUCAUGUGCCCACGGUGUGGUAAACAGUUUAACCACAGCAGCAAUCUCAACCGACAUAUGAACGUACACCGAGGUGUUAAGUCGCACUCCUGUCAGGUGUGUGGCAAGUCCUUCACCCAGAAGUCCACCCUUCAUGAUCACCUCAACUUACACAGCGGAGAAAGACCCUACCGCUGCUCCUACUGUGACGUGAGAUUUGCCCACAAACCAGCCAUAAGACGCCACCUCAAGGAACAACAUGGAAAGACCACAGCAGAAAAUGUCAUACAGGCUAGCGUGGCAGAAAUCAAUGUUGUGGUGGGAUGAGAAAAAAAAAACUGUAGAUAGAGAAGACUAACCCCACUUGGAAGACAGACACAUGCAGAACUUGAUGGUUUUAUUUUUGAACAUUUUACAUUAAAUUUUAUUGAUGUAACAGAUCUGUGAUCUAUGUUUCACUAUAUCAAUGAGCUUUUAAUGAUCUUUCUGUUGUCUCAUCCUUACCAGGUGGUAGUUUUUACUUGUGUAGGGAUAUAUUGUUAGAACCAACAGAAUUUAUGGUUUCAGAUAAUGUUUCUUAGGUUACAAACAUGACUACCUCCCUUCUUCCAUCCUCUCAAUCUCCCUUUUUUCUGUUUCUCUUCAAUAUGCAGUUAAUUUCAGACUCUUACUCGUACCUUAAUAAAAGGCUAUGUUUUGAGAUUUA